UUGUGUGUGAAGCUGUGUGGAAAUCUGAAAUACUACCAAUCACACCUUUAUAGUACAGUGGUGCCACUUGAUGAAAUAACAGUUAAUUACAGACAUGGCCUUCCCUUGAUAACACUUACUUUGCCAUCUAGAAAAGAGCGUUGUCAAUUUGUAGUCAAGCCAAUGUUGUCAACAGUUGGAUCCUUCCUUCAGGACCUACAGGAUGAAGACAAGGGUGUCGAAACUGUAGCCAUCCUCACAAAAGAUGGCAGUGAGAUUCCACCUUCAACCUUGAUGGAUAUUUUGCUAAUGAAUGAUUUUAAACUUGUCAUUAAUAAAAUAGUGUAUGAUGUACAGUGCCCCAAGAAAGAAAACUCGACUAAUGAACAUGCUGUUGAAAUGGAAAAUGUGAAAUCCUUGGUUCAUAGUCUGUUUACAGUCUUGCAUUUAGAAGAGUCUCAGAAAAAGAGAGAGCAUGAUUUACUGAAGAAAAUUGAUCACCUGAAGGGACAGUUGCAGCCCCUUGAACAGGUGAAAGCUAGAAUCGAAGCUCGCUCAGAAAUCAAAACUAGCGGACUCCUGUGGGCUGGAUUAGCACUGCUGUCCGUUCAGGGUGGGGCACUGGCCUGGUUCACUUGGUGGGUGUACUCCUGGGAUAUCAUGGAACCUGUCACAUACUUCAUCACAUUCGCAAAUUCCAUGGCCUUUUUUGCCUACUUUUUAGUCACUCGACAGGAUUAUAGUUACUCAGCAGCUAAGAGGAGGCAGAUUCUUCAGUUCUUCCACAAGAGAUCAAAGCAACAGCAUUUUGAUGUGGAACAAUAUAACAAGUUAAAAGAAGACCUUACUAAGGCUAAAGAAUCUCUGAAACAGGUGCGUCAUUCUCUUUGCAAAUGCAAGUAGAAGAAUUCGAUGAAAAGAAUCAGUCUUAUGUUUUUAAACAUCAUUGGAUUUUCCUAUUAUGUAUUGAUUUUGCAACUUAAAAAGUAGCUGUUUUUGAGCCCUAUAGGUCGUUUCAAUUUGACCGUUGAAUCUUUUUUUAGUUAAUAAAUGCUCACAAAACAGAA